AUGAAAGCAGCAACAUCCGAUGAAGCUUCAAGCUCUAUUUUACAUUCGUCAUUACGAUUCAUGUCUCUAAGUGCAGUUCAUAGUUUACCAAAAACUGAAUCAUUAAUGCGAAGUGUUCGACGACAACGUUCAGCACCACAUUCGGAUUCAAAUACUCUUUCACCUGACAUUUUACGGGAAACAGAUCGUGGAGAAGAAUUUAUAUUACAUGAAUAG